AUGUCUCAAAAAAUCCAGGAAAAAGCGGAUUUUUUCGAGAAAACCUAUUCAAAUUCUGAAAAUAAAAAUUCGAAUCGCAUAAUUUAUACAAGCAAUGCGGAACAACCAUUUAAAUGCGGUUUCUGCUACAAAUCGUUUCGAUUCCGCUCAAAUGCCAACGAGCAUCAAUCUGUGCACACGGGAAUCGAGCCAUUUCAAUGUCCAUUAUGUGGAAAGACCACAAGGCUCAAAGGAAAUCUCAAAAAGCAUAUGUGGACUCAUGCGUCGACGAAAGCCGAAUUAGAUGCGAUUUGGAAGCCGUUUGUGGGAAAACUCAAAGGAAAAAUGCUUCCGGAAAAAUCGAUAAAAGUGGGCGGAGCCAAAUUACCAGCGAAAAUUGAAGAACCUGAAGAACUUAAAAAUCUGUUGAACGACAAAUUUCGAAAACUUGAAAACACAAUCUACAGUAACCCAAAUAUUCAAAGCGUUCAGGAUCUCGCACAGAAGGCGAAAUCGAUUAUUUUUGAGUCAUACAAAUGCCACGUGUGUCAAUAUGAAUGCAUGUCCCGAUUGGAUUGCUCGAAUCACAUUGAAAUCGCUCAUCUAGCAGCUUCUAGGAAAAAUUCCAAAUUUUUCUGCCAAAAAUGUUUCCGACCAUUUUCCAAUCAAGCUAGCUUCACAAAUCAUAUUGGUUUUCAUGCAGAAGUUGUUGAAUUUUUGAGACAAAAAGGGCAUUUGAUGUCCGCGACCUGGAAAAUUCGUUGUGGAUUUACGCUAAACACCGUGCGGCAAGGACUCCAACAGCACGCUGUAAUUCAUACGGACCAGAAGCCGUUUCGAUGUGAUAUCUGCUCCAAGUCAUUUCGAUUCAAAUCAAAUCUCUUCGAGCAUCGAUCAGUACACACUGGAUUCACUCCGCAUGCCUGUCCGUACUGCGGAAAAACUUGUCGACUCAAAGGAAAUCUGAAAAAGCACCUACGGACCCAUGUGACAUCAAAAGAGGAGCUGGAUGCGGCUUGGCGACCGUUUGCCAGCAAUCGACGACCGCCGGCUGACAUUCCGGAGGAUGCGAUUGUUGUCAGAGGAACAGGCGGAGGACCGUACUACACACCACCACCAAAGCAUAAGAAGAAGAAGCUCGGCCUUGGAGAGCCAGGAGUAUGGAUUGAGAAGAUCCGGCGAGGAGAUCUUCUGCCCCAAGUCGAUCUGGACGACAAAAUCCGGCGGUUAGAGGACAUGAUCUUCAACAAUUUGUCCCUGGAUCGAUGGGUGAACCUCUUCGAGGUAUCCAAAUCGAUCGCAUUUGAAACCCACGACUGUCCGGUGUGCAAGGUACAAUUCAUGACCCGGAUGGACUGCAUGAGCCAUUAUGCUAUUGAGCAUGAGAACAUCAAGGAGGGACACGACUACUUUUGUGAUAAGUGCUUCCGUCCCUUCGCCGACGAAGACAGCUUCAACAAGCACAUGGAGUACCAUGCGAAGGUGCUUCGGCUCAUGGAGGACGGAUCCCUUAUGCCAACGCCAUCGGAUCCAGACAUCCUCGUCCCAACAAAUGAUGAAUUCGAUAUGAUCCUGGCUGGAUCAAUGAACCAACAUCCACAUCAUAUGAUGGACCAAACGAUGAUUUAA